AUGCAAAUCAUUCAAGACAAGGAUGAGCCAUUUGAGGUUAAGAAAGGUCCUUUGGACUGUUCCGAGGAGCUUGCUGUGGUAGUAGGGUGGGAGCCGCUCACGCACCUGAAGGGGCUUCAUUCUUCUACCACCUAUCUAAAAGUUUUCACUGACGCUAAUGUUCGAAACCCUGAAACAGCUGUAAGGAUAGGCAAAGCUCUUGAGAAAGCAUACGAAGAAGCGCGCAACGCAAACAUCUUCUUGCACCCAUCCAUCGAGUUAGUGUUGGAGCUCAUGGAGAAGGGCAAUGAAGAAUGUGGCUACUAUUUUGUUGAUCACGAAAAACGUGUCAUUUUCUGGUUCCAAGACCACAAAUCCGAUUUGCUCAUGUGUAACAUUCGCGGUGUAGAGCGCAAAAGUCACAUCAGAUAUGCACUAGAAUCACAGUAUUGGUUCGUACGACUUUUAGAACUCUCUUGUACCUCCCACGAUUUACAUACCACGAAUCCGGACAGGAGACACGUCGAGCUAUUUCCAAACAAACGCUCCCUUCCGAAAGAUGUCGUCAUGAAACUCAAAGAAAUUGUCAUGCAUGCUCACGCAGAAAAUAUCACUUCUGAGACCUGCCUUGCCCCUUUUGCUGCGGAUGAGGUUGCAAACAGUGAUACCGAUGAUAGUGUUCACAAGGAGCGUGAACAUUCAGUGUGGAUCGUCGCUCGAUUGAUGAGACUUUUCUGUAACGCCAAGUUUGUGAAUUUUUGUGGGCAACCAGGUGCUCGACUGAACGUAGACCAAUCAUUAUACCGAGAAUCCAUCACCCGCCCGAAAAGGAUUUUUCUUCGUCUCAUGAAUGUAAUGCUGUUUGGAUCCCCUGAUGCACAGAGCAAGGCUCUUCACAGGAUAUGGGUCGACGAUACCAUCGUUCAGCCGCGGUGGAAGAAUUUUAUUGAUAGGCUCACUACUGAAUGGAAUGGGUAUACAAUAUUUUUUAAUGACAGCCGGCGAGGCUCCGCCGAAGCUGUGGCCUCUUUCAUGGUAGGAAUGUCGCAUUCUAUGCUUGGCCUUGAGAGCCUUGCCCUCAUGCUCAGUCUACCGUUUGCUCUUUUGAUUUGGGGAAUGACGUUCUUUGCUGCAGCAUUGUCCACCCUGAUCUUCCGCACGUCUGGCGUUGUCGCCAUCUCGAUUACAUCUCCGGUUUGGGCCUCUGUAUUCAUCCUUGUAACGUGGCCUGUACUGGCUGCCAAUGAUAUUCACAUCUCUCAUUUGGAGAUCCUGGAUCAUAGAACAUGUGUCUAUUACUGA